UAUAUAGAUUUUUCAACCGGAAGUGAAAAUAUUGAAAACACACAACACGUGGGGAAACAAAUAUUUUCCAUAAUUUUAACACUAAAUUAUGGGUAGAAAGAGAGAUUUGACGCUCGAUGGGCCAAAAAAAGGUCCUGGUAGAAAGGCAAAGAAGCAGAAACCUCCACAAAUGCCCAAGGAACUGAAAGAAGACGAUGAUGACAAAGAAGAUAAGAAGCUUAGCAGCAGACAGAAGAAAAGAUUAAAGAAUAGAAUUAAAAAACAAGAUGACAAGAAAGAAAAAUUACGACAGAAGAAAGAAGAACAGAAAGCUAAACAGACUGCCAAAGUUAAUAAGGUCAAAGGUCAAAAUGAUUUAAAGAUGAAAAAUGGACAGGCAUCAAAGAAUCUAAAGGGAAAGUCUAAAAAUGUCCAAGGAGUCAAAAGAAAGAAAGAGAAGGAAGAAGAGAUGGAGGAGGAGGAAAAUUCUGAUGAAUCAGAAGAUGAAAGUGAUAUGGAAGAAGACGACUCUGAUUUAGGGGAGGUAACUGGCUACACAGAUCACAACAAAGACUGGUUAAAACCAGCUAAAUCUGGAGAGGCUGAUUCUGACAAUGAUGACAGUGAAGAUGAUAUUCCAGAUGAUUUUAGUGAUGAUGAAUUAUCAGAUGAUGACAGUGAUGAAGAUGAUGAUGAUUCAGAUGAGGAUGAUGAAGAUCUGUUGCCUGUUGAAAAGAAAGCCAAGAAGUUAGAGAAAAAGCAGGCCAGAGACAAAAAACUUGCUGAAAAGGAAUUGAUGACCAACAUUACACAGACUGAGAAAUUCACAUUACCAAGUGGUCAAGAAGUGGAACAAGAAACGAAUCAGCCUCCAGAUAUUACACUAGUACAGAACAGAAUAAAAGAAGUCAUGGGUGUCCUGGCUGACUUUAAAGAAAAGAGGACAGAGGGAAGGAGCAGACAAGAAUAUAUUGGUCAGCUAAGAAAAGAUCUGUGUACUUACUACAGUUAUAAUGAUUUCCUAAUGGAAAAACUGAUGCAGUUAUUCCCUCUUGAGAUACAUGAGUUUUUGGAGGCCAAUGAAGUUCAGCGACCAGUUACAAUCAGAACUAAUACUUUAAAAACAAGGAGAAGAGACUUGGCCCAAGCAUUGAUAAACAGAGGUGUCAAUUUAGACCCUAUUGGUAAAUGGUCCAAAGUUGGACUGGUUGUAUAUGACUCACAGGUUCCAUUAGGUGCUACACCAGAAUAUUUGGCAGGUCAUUACAUGUUACAGGGAGGCUCUAGUUUUCUACCAGUCAUGGCUUUAGCUCCACAGGAAAAUGAAAGAAUAUUGGACAUGGCUUCUGCUCCAGGUGGAAAAACUACAUAUAUUGCUGCUUUAAUGAAGAAUACUGGCACUAUCUUUGCAAAUGAUGCUAACAAAGACAGAGCCAAGGCUAUUGUAGGGAACAUUCAUCGUAUGGGCAUCACCAAUACAGUCAUUAGCAAUUAUGAUGGCAGAAUUUACCCCACUAUAAUGAAAGGUUUUGACAGAGUACUAUUAGAUGCUCCAUGCAGUGGAACUGGUGUAAUAGCUAAAGAUGUAGAAGUUAAAAUUAAUAAGGAUGAAAAAGAUAUACAGAGAUGUUCCCAUCUACAAAGAGAGUUAAUUCUAGCUGCAAUAGAUAGUUGUGAUGCUAAAUCAUCUACAGGAGCAUACAUUGUUUAUUCUACAUGUUCAAUUCUGGUUGAAGAAAAUGAGGCUGUGAUUAAUUAUGCAUUAAAGAAAAGAAAUGUAAAAUUGGUUCCAACAGGUUUAGACUUUGGAAGAGAAGGUUUUGUAAAAUUUGAAAAACACCGAUUUCACCAGAACAUGAAGUUGACCAAAAGAUUUUAUCCACAUACACAUAAUCUUGAUGGAUUCUUUGUGGCUAAAUUAAAGAAAUUCUCCAACAAAGUACCUGUUGAUCCAGAUAAGCAAGGAACAGCAGAAAACGUGACGGAACAACAGGAAACAGCAGCUGUCGUUAAUCAGAGUUCAGAAGAGAAAGGUCAAAGUUCAGAAGAAAUUAGUCAAAAGUCAACAGAGACAAAGACAAUUAAAAAAAAGCAAACCAAUGUAAAAAAAGACAAACAAGGAAAAAGUAAAUGGAUGUCAACGAAAGGAAAUAAGAAGCAAUUUAAACCAGGACAAUUUAAGAAAUUUAAGACUUCAUCAAAAGGAAAGAAAUGAAUUUUUCAAACAUAUUAAAUUGACAUUAUAAACUAUUGUUUUAAUAUUUAUGGACUACAGUGGAAAAAGGCUGGUCAUCUUGAAUAAGAUAAAAACCCUGUUAUAACAUUGUAGGAUAUGAUAGGACAAAAAUAGGUGACGGUGUAAUCAUAGCUCACCCUUCAUGGAAAUCUAGGGCAGUUUUCCCUAAAAGUUGUAUUUAGUCGCCCAUGUGUUCAAAUAGCAUACAAAGUGUUGACUGAUUAUAUAAUCUUUCAAAGGAGCAGAUCAUCAUUAUAUUUGUCAAGCAAAUCUAGCAUGUUUUUUUAUUCAAUUUAUACGAAAAUAUUUCACAAGUGUUUUAAUUGAUUCUGAUUUCCUGUAGAAUUUUAUUAAUUACACACAUAUUCCUUUAUAAACAUCAUAAACCUAGAUUGAAAUUGCUCAUCAACGAUUGUUUAUUUUGAAAAUAUUAAUAUGAGCUGACAUUUAGAAAUUUAAAAAUAAGAUUUUGCACGGAUAUGGACAGACAUUAACAUGAUCCAUAUUCUUAUGAUAAUGAUGACAAUAGAAUGAUGAGCUCUAAGUGCAAAAAAUGUACAUUCAACACAGACUCAUAGAUAUAAUAUAGCCCCUGAUAUAUGUAUUAAAUCUAAUUGAUUCCCUUAAUUGAUUUUCAUUAAAUCAAGUUACUAAUUUUUUGAAAUCCAUUUUUUUAAAGAUAAAAAUAUAUUUAAUGGAAUUUUAAGUUACUGUGGAUUCCUUAUUAAAAGGUCCAAUUUUCUUAGAUUUCCUGAGCAUGUGGGAACCACAAAUUAAAAAGAUCAACAAAAUACAAAUUUUCUUUAUAAAUAUAUGCAGAAUUUGGCAACACCACAAAAUUGCAAGUUUACCUCAAACCAUGAAAUUUGUAUGCAGGAAAAUAAAUGAAUACACACGACUUAAUUUUGUUAAUUUUAGAUCCUAAGAAAUAGAUUAAAUCUUUGUCUGACCAAAUUGAACAUUAUGAUAUUAAGUGUAGGAUCAAAGAACCAUAAAGCCUAGUAAGAUCAAUUUUAUUGGUAUGAUAAUGAAUUUAAAUAAGUUAUUUAACAUAGUUAGAUGUUUAACAGAUAUUUGUCAAGUCUGGAAUCUAUUGAGUAUAUUCAGUUUGCCUCUAUCUAGCAGAAUGGUAAAUCUCUCUAUGUAAAAGUAUAUACUUUUUUGUAGUACAAAUGCUAAUCAUUUUGCAUUUAUUUGUUGUUUAAUCAUUGCUCUAUUGUGUUUGCAUGUUUUAAUUAACUAUUAAGUUUUCUUGAAAAAAAGAAGAAAUAGUUUAAUGAUGAAAGAGUAAAGAUGUGUCUUAAAUGUUCGGUAAACUAUAAAUAUUACUUUAUGUUG